AUGACUGAUCACCGGAAACCGAAGAGGUUCAAAAAUCUGUUGUCAUUUUUAUCACCACUUGUAGUUUCAUCAAGUGAUAAUGUUGAUGAGGUAUAUGUUGAGAUUGAAAGUGUGAGCGGGAGUAGACUAGUGACCGAUAAUUCUGUUAAUGAUAUUGGUUUGAACUUUUUUCCAUCCAUUCCAUUAAAAAAGAGGUCUGAAAGUUUUGAUAUUAAUUCUCUUCAGUGUGAUCCGGGAUUACACCAACCUAUAUCAUCACAUGCUAUUGAUAUGCGUGACCGUAUUCGAAAAGAUUAUGUGGUAUUAGGACCUUAUCAACCUUGCUCAAGUUUUUACCCACUUUCAUUUGAUGGAGGCCAAGGUCGAAAGUUUAACCCCAAGUGGUUCAAGCAAUGGCCUUGGCUUGAGUAUUCUGAAGAGAAAGAUAAAGCAUUUUGUUUCCCCUGUUUCUUAUUUGUUACUUAUCCAUCUCAUCAUCCAGCAUUUACUGUUGAUGGGUUUAAUGGAUGGAAGAAUUCAUCACAAGAAAUAACAGAUAACCGACUCCGGCUUAUUACUAGUAUAGAAAGUGCAAGGCUAUUGGCACACCAAGGAUGUGCUUUUAGAGGACAUGAUGAAGCAGCCAAUUCUCCUAAUGGUGGAAAUUUUGAUGCUGUUGUGAAUUCUUUUGGAAGAGUAAGUUUAGAAGUUUCUAGAGUUACAAAAAAUGCUCCUGGGAAUGCCAAGUAUACUGCUCCAAGUAUCCAAAAAAAGAUUGUAAACAUACUUGGUAAUAAAGUUAGGAAAAAGAUUCGAGAUGAAGUAGGGGUUGACAAAUUUUGUAUCCUUGUUGAUGAAGCGGUUGAUGUGGCCAACAGGGAACAAAUGGCUAUAAUUCUUCGAUUUGUUGAUUGUCAUGGUUUUAUUACAGAGAGAUUUAUCAAAGUGCUAAGUGUGAAUGACACUUGUUCUCAAACUCUCAAAGAUGAGAUAACCAAAGUUCUUAUCCAAAAUGAACUUCAAGUCGAAGAUAUGCGUGGCCAAGGAUAUGAUGGUGCUAGCAAUAUGCGGGCUAAAGGAGUGCAUAGUAUUAGUGGAUUCUUUUCUACUCUAAAUAUGAUUGUUAACUUUGUUGAUUCUUCUGCAAAAAGACAUUCAACUUUAAGAGAUAUUAGAAAAGAAGAAAUUGUUGAAUUAGUGGCUGCUGGGACACUUAAGACAGGUUCAUGGCUUAAUCAGUCUUCCACUUUACAACAAGCAGGGGCUACUCGUUGGGGUUCACAUCUUCGUUCUAUUUCAAGUCUAAUCAAGUUGUUUGGAGCUACCCGGACAACUUGUAGAGAUUUGGUUAUAAGUGGACCAAAUAAGUACAAGAUGAAGCACGUGGUGUUUUCAAAACUUCAAGAUAUGAGAGAUAAUGGUUGGGAUGCUUUGAUUAUGAAGGUCAUAUCAUUUUGUUGUGAGUAUGAUAUUCUUAUUCCAGACAUGUCUGCUCCUUACAAGAAAGGCAUAAGGGCUUAUGAACAAGAUAUCACAAUUGAGCAAUUUUAUCGAGUCAAUGUAUUUUAUGAUGUGAUUGACUUUCAGUUGGUAGAGUUGAAUAGUAGAUUUCCUGAUGAUUCUAUGGAGCUUCUUGUUCUUAGUGCUACAUUUGAUCCACAUAAUAACUUUCAAUCAUUUAGAAGUGAAGAUGUUCACAAUCUUGCUUCGAGAUUCUAUCCUGCUGAUUUUACUUCAUAUGAGUUGCUUGUUUUAGAUAUGGAGUGCGGGUAUUUUCUAGCAGAUAUUCAGAUGGAUUCAAGAUUUGCCAACAUAACAUCUGUAUCUGAUUUGUGUCGGCGGUUAGUUGUCAAGAAAAUCAGCAUUCUUUCCUAUGAUUUAUAG